AUGGCCGGGGCCAAGCCGGGAGUCCACGCGCUGCAGCUCAAACCCGUGUCCGUCCACGACGCGCUGAAGAAGGGAGGCAAGUUCAUCAAGUGGGACGAGGAGCCCAACAGCGGCCCCCCCACCCUGGUGACCCUGAAAGUCGACCCAGAUGGAUUCUUCCUGUACUGGACUGGAGGGUCCAACCUGGAGGUGGAGAUUUUGGACAUUAGCACCAUCAGGGACACCAGAACAGGGAAAUAUGCCAAACAACCAAAGGACCCAAAGUUGCGGGAGGUGCUGGGCUUCGGUAAAGGUGACAACGUUGAGGGGAAGCUGGUAACCGUCGUCCACGGCAACGACCUGGUCAACACCUCCUUCCUCAACUUCCAGGCGAUGCAGGAGGAUACAGCCAAGAUUUGGACAGAUGAGCUGUUCACUUUGGCCACAAACAUACUUUCCCAGAAUGCAUCACGGAACACCUUCCUCCUCAAAGCGUACACCAAGUUAAAGCUGCAGGUGAAUCAGGACGGGAAGAUCCUCGUGAAGAAUAUCCACAAACUGUUUUCAGAUAAAAAGAAAGUGGACCUGGCUCUGGAGCACUGCGGCCUCGUCAUCAACAACAAGUUAGAGGGAAUCAAGCCGGAUGACUUCACGUGGGAAGCCUUCCAGAGGUUUCUCAACAGCCUCUGUCUCCGGCCCGAGAUCCAGAGCAUCCUGGAGCAAAGUGGCUCUAAAGGGAAGCCGUUCAUCUCUCUGGACCUGUUCAUGGACUUCAUCAACCGCAGGCAGCGAGACUCCCGACUGAACGAGGUUCUGUACCCGCCGCUGAAGAGAGAGCAGGUCCGACAGAUCAUGGAGAGAUACGAGACCAACACCAGCCAGCUGGAGAGAGACCAGAUCAGUCUGCAGGCUUUCGCUCGGUACCUGGGGGGCGAGGAGAACAGCAUCGUACCUCCAGAGAGGCUGGACGUCAUCGACGACAUGACCCAGCCGCUGUCUCACUACUUCAUCAACUCCUCACACAACACAUACCUCACAGUGGGUCAGCUGACCGGUCUGUCGUCAGUAGAGAUGUACAGGCAGGUGCUGCUGACUGGCUGUCGCUGCGUAGAGCUGGACUGCUGGAAGGGCCGGCCGCAGGACGAGGAGCCCUACAUCACCCACGGCUUCACCAUGACCACCGAGAUCCCCUUCAAGGAGGUGAUCGAGGCGAUCGCAGAGAGCGCCUUCAAGACCUCGCCGUACCCGCUCAUCCUGUCCUUUGAAAACCACGUGGACUCAGCCAAGCAGCAGGCCAAAAUGGCCGAAUACUGCAGAACCAUCUUUGGAGACGCGCUGCUCAUUGACCCGCUGGAGAAAUACCCGCUGGAGCCCGGGCAGCCGCUGCCCUCACCGCAGGAGAUGAUGGGGAAGAUUCUCAUCAAGAACAAGAAGAAGCACCACCACCACCGACCCUCCAGCGGAGGCAGCAUACGGCGCCGAGACCAGGAGGAGCAGUCGUCACCCAACAACGACUGUCCUCUGAAUGACAGUUAUGGGAGUCAGCUCCUGUCAAACGGGGAGGAGAAGCUGGCUGAGAGGAUGGGCAAAGACCUGGAGCCUCGCAAAUCCAUAGGAGGUGAAGGAGAGAGCGACGAGGACGAGGAGGACGAGACGGUGACGGAGCUGAAAAAACCGAACUCUGACGAGGGUACAGCCAGCAGUGAAGUAAACGCUACAGAGGAGAUGUCGACGCUCGUCAACUACAUCGAACCCGUCAAGUUCAAGAGUUUCGAGGUGGCGAACAAGAGGAGGAAGUUCUUUGAGAUGUCAUCGUUCGUGGAAACGAAGGGGAUGGACACCCUGAAGAGCUCCCCCGUCGAGUUCGUCGAGUACAAUAAGAACCAGCUGAGCCGGAUCUACCCCAAAGGGACGAGGGUGGACAGCUCCAACUACAUGCCUCAGCUCUUCUGGAAUGUGGGCUGCCAGAUGGUGGCGCUGAACUUCCAGACCCUCGACCUCCCCAUGCAGCUCAACAUGGGCGUGUUCGAGUACAACGGUGGCAGCGGCUACCUGCUGAAACCAGAGUUCAUGAGGAGGACGGACAAACACUUUGACCCGUUCACAGAAAACAUCGUCGAUGGAAUAGUCGCCAACACUGUCAAAAUUAAGGUGAUGUCAGGCCAGUUCCUGUCAGAUAAAAAGGUGGGCGUCUACGUGGAGGUGGACAUGUUUGGACUUCCUGCCGAUACAAAGAGGAAGUACAGAACCAAAACAUCUGCUGGCAACUCUUUGGACCCGGUGUGGGAUGAUGAAAUGUUUGUGUUCAAUAAGGUGGUCCUCCCGACGCUCGCCUCUCUCAGGAUAGCCGUGUUUGAAGAGAACGGCAAGUUUAUUGGACACCGGAUCCUCCCCGUGUCCGCCAUCAGACCCGGCUUCCACUACAUCAACCUGAAGAACGAGCUGAACCAGCCCCUCCUCCUGCCGUCGCUGCUGGUUUACACUGAGGCUCAGGACUACAUCCCCAACGAGCACCAGGAGUAUGCAGAAGCUCUGACCAACCCCAUUAAGCACAUCAGUGAAUUGCACAAGAGGGAGACACAGCUGGCUGUUUUGAUAGAGGACAACAAUGAGCAUGUCCCCAACCAACCCAAAGAGGGAGAGCCCAGGAGAAAGAGUGAUGUCAUUCCAGGAGGUCAAGUCCCCUCCCCCUUCCACCCCUUCCACCCCCUCCCCCCACCGGAACCCUCACCUGACAUCAUCAGAUUACCUGCACCAGCUCCAAGUCAGAAAGAAGACCUCAUAGCCACUGUCCUGGCAGAGAUCAAUGCCGACUCCAUAGAGAAGCUGAAGCAGCAGAAGAACUAUUUGAAGCUGCAGAAGAAACACAGCAAAGAACUGAAAGAGCUGCGUAAGAAGCACCUGAAGAAGGUGUGGAAUCUGAGUAAAGAGCAGAAGAGUCGCAGCAGCCAGGUUCAGUCUGACAGCCAGAGGAGACGCAGUCAGAUGGAGAAACACCUGAAACGCAGCAUCAAGAAAAAUGAGUCUCAGGAGCCGGUGCAGCAUGAGCUCUCAGCGUUGGAUCAGGAGAUCGAGAAGCAGACGGUGCAGCUGAGGGAGUGGCAGCUGCAGGAGCUGCUGAAGCUCCGACAGCAGCUUCACCUGCUGGAGAGAGAGAAGCAACAAGCACACCUGCAGGAGGCCUUCCAGAAGUUAAAGGAGACGGCGCAUGAAUGCCAAGCAGCUCAGCUGAAGAGGCUCAGGGAGACGUGUGAGAAGGAGAAGAAGGAGCUCCAGAAGAUCCUGGACAGGAAGCGACAAAACAGCAUCAGCGAAGCCAAGAGCCGCGACAAAGACAAGGCUGAAGUGGAGCUGAAUGAGAUCAACAGGAAACACAUUCAAGACUCUGUCGCCUUAAUCCGCGGGCUGGAGGAGGCUCAGACCAGGAGGCAGGAGAAGCUGAUGCUGAGGCAGCGGGAGGUGCUGCAGCACAUCGACGAGGAACUGCCAGUGCUCCAGUCUCAGUUGGAGAGGGAACUGGAGGAGGAGUACCAGCGACUCCCGGAGGAAAUCUGCCAGCACCUCCAGCUGGAGCUCCAGAACAAAGGCCUCCGAAAGGACGCCCUGUUCUCGUCCCUGUCCAACAACAGCAGCCCGACCCCCAGCUCCGGGUCGGGCCCGCCCUCCAACUGCUCCACGCCGUCGUACCCGUCGACGCCCGAUCGCAGCACCUGGAACAGGAGCAUGGACAAUAGCACUGUCUCAUUGGCCGAUUCCACUUCCUCGUCCACUCCCGUCCUGUCGGAGGCAGAGAUGUCGUUCAGUUAAAAUAAUUGUAAAAAGGAGAAUGCAUUCAUUCAUCUGGGGUCUAUAAUGAUGAUAAUGUGGGAUAGUACUGAUAUUAAUUAUUAACUAAUUUUAUUCCUGUUUUUUAUUACAGACUGUUUUUGUUCUUGUCUACAGAGCUAUAUUAUUUUUUAUUUGGCUGUUUUUGUCAGAUGACACAUCAGUUUGUUGGAAGAUUUAGUACAAAUCGUAACCAAACUUUUUUUUUUUUUUUUACACGUUCUGUCUGUUUGUGUUGCUUUUAUGUUGUUUGUACUUUUUUCUUGGCAUCAUUCCCGUGUUUCUGUCUGCUCAGUGAGCUUCAUGUUGACACUGCUAAAUCUUUAACUUCUUUUUUUAACUUUCUGUGAGCUUUAAACUGCUGAGAGAGGAACAGAGUUAUGAAAAUUACCCUUGUAAUUACAUUAAUGGUGGGAAAAAGUCAUCCCCACCACAGACUUGGGACAUUUUGUUUGUAGCAACGUGUGACAGAAGAGAUGAUUUUAUAAUCACCUCACAAGUUAAACAGUUCAAAACGGUGCGAGACAUAAAUGUCUAAAACCACAAAUCUCUCCACUAUCACACCAACAGAUUUCAGAUUGAACAUCAAGACAGAAUAUAAAGUAAAAGAGGGCUGAAUUUUUAUCUAAAUCUUAUUUUAAAGACAUGAAAAUAAGUUUAGAAGCUGAUGUUCAGCUGUAAUGGCAGCAGCUGACCAGCAGGAGGCGCUGCAGCCUCAGCUCUGUCUGUGUGUGUGUGUGUUUUAAAUUGGUGGUCUGAGCUUCCUGCUUAUCCUGUUAUACUGUACACACACACACACACACACACACACACACACACCUGUGUCAGGAGGAUUUGCAGCGUCAUUGGUGGGAAUAAAGUCUGCGGCCUUUAACCUCCAAUCAGAAUCCAGACAAGGUCGCAUGGUGGGCGGCCAGCAGACACCCAUCUGGACCCAAAUGAGUGUGUGUGUGUGUGUGUGUGUGUGUGUGUGUCUGAAGGUGAAGAACGGAGUGUGUCAGUGAUGUAAGAGUCACUUUCUCACACACACACACACACACACACACACACACAGCUUAUUGGUUCAGAGGCCGAAAAUCUGGAAAAUCCUCAUCCCAUCCAAUCUACCUUCUGUUUGAAACACACACACACACACACACACACACACACACACACACACACACACACUUUAUGGAAGAACUUCAAUAAUUUUAUAUUGCAGAUUACUAACCUCUGUGUGUGUGUUAAUCUCUUGAUGAGACAUCUGCUGGUCGGGGCAGAAACACUUCCUGGUGGAUGGAAGUGUGUGUUGGUGUGUGUCAGUGUGUGUCAGUGUGUGUUGCUGCAGUGAGUUUGCCACUCUCUCCGCCUGCAGAGUGACAUCACAGCGUGCUGAUAACAACACACACAGUCUGCGACACUUUAAUGGACUAAAUGUGUAACUGUGUGUGUAGAGAACCUGAGGGCAUUCCUUCACCUUCCCACUGAAACACUGCAGUCUGCUCAGUUAUUUGUGUUCAGGUGAUCUGACAGCUCAGAAAGUUUCCACUCAGGCAGAAACCUCCUCUUUGUGUCUGCAGACGUGAGUUUUGUGAGUGUUUCCUGGCUGCCAGUGAACCUGCAGCAGGAGCAGCUGAUGGAUCUCUAACUUUCAAACCUCCCUCAGUGUCUCCAGCUGAAUGCUGAGUGAACUAAACGGUACUCUGAGCUGACUGCAGCUGUUCGUCUGUGUCGGAGCGUCUGGCUUCAUGUUUCCAUCCUUCACAGGAGACGCUUCCUUUUCUUUUUUACUGCAGCAUGUUGAUGUUUUCCCUCCCGUCUCGUCGGCUCUGAUGGCACUCUGUGUUUUCUGUAUUCUGUGUACAUGUUUAGUUUUAUGUGAAUUUUACUACUGACCACAAGUGCUGAAGAGGGACGGAGGUGCGGCGAGGCUGAGAGGAGAGAGGAGGUGUCGUCCUCUCCCACCUCCGUCCCUCAGUGAGUGCUGGCUGCCUGUCUGUCUGAUUAUCCCCCCACACACUCUGUAAACUCUCAUCUAUUUAAAUGGAAUUUUAACAA